CAUCUGUUGCACAAUCCAAACUGUCACGUAUUAUUAGAGCAUAGAGCCACACCCUUGGUGGCAAACAGCGACUUCACGUCCGUUUGGUUAAUUCUCGAACGUCCUGCAUCGAGAACUGAUUUUCACGGCGAAAUAUUUUGAAGAUAUCCGAAAGUUAUUUGGUGCCGAGUCCCAGCCAAAAUUGUUCGUCAUGCCCGACGCUAAUAGUGAACCUGACGUGGACUGGGGAAUGUGGAAAGUUGAUAUGAACUUAACUUAUUCUAUGAUUAUUGGUAUUUUCAUAAUUUUAGUGUUUUCUGGACUAUUAACAUACUUCGUUGGCAAGUACUGGCAAAAGGUGGAUGACUUAAGAAGACUUGUCUUUUACCAAUAUAUCGAGCCGGUGCUUAAAAAUAUCCCAUUUGUGCGAAAAUGUUUUGGUGCCGAGUCCAAGCAGAAGUUACUUUUCGUGCCCGAUGCUGAUAACAAACCUGAAGAUAAGCACGAAAUCUCGGAACUUGUGAUUUUUCGUUUUUUGCUUAACGAAGAGAGAAUGAAAAAAUUCAAUGAAGCUGGAGCUGAAAUAACUGAAAUGCUGGAGCUUUUAGAAGACAUCGACAAAGAAUCGAAAAUCACGGAAUGCGAAACCCACGAAAACAGCAUGUACUCAGCGACAGAUUGGAAAGAAGCAUUUCAUGGCUUCAUCGUCUUCAAAACGACAAGUGAAACAGACGGAGACUACUGGUGGUCACUAGAAAAAGACACCGAGUACAUCAUCUUACAGCGCUCCAGCAACAAAGAAAACGUCAAGGACAAGUUGGAAGGCAAACAGCGGAAAAAAGUGAAACCCAUAAGAGAAGAUUUAAAAGGAAAAGGUACGAUUAAAGAUCUUUUGGCAUUACUUUGGGCCCAUCAGCUGAUUGCAGAAAAAUAUCACAUCUGGAAAUCCAACUGCCACUCCUUGGUCACUUUCGUCGGCGAACAAAUUACCGAAAUAGGAUACAAAUACAAGGGUUUUUUCCCGUACUCUCCUCCUCGUGAAAGAGGCUGGGAGAAAGAAAUGUUGGAUUUAAUCAACAUCCUAACGGGUCCUAACAGUUCUCAGUGGCAUCCUUUAUUUUAUUUCAUUUUAUCGGGAAAUACCGAUCUUGUUGAUAAUUUCAUAAAGAAAGGCAAGUUCGACAUCGACCUCUUAUACGAUGAUCGCACUCCGCUCCACUUGGCGAUUAUGUUGUCGAAAACCAAAAUGGUUGAACAUCUUCUAAACCCUCCAUUGAAUGCCGAUCCCACAAAACGCGACGGAUCCAGGAAGGACGCCCUUCAAUAUGCGGCCACGACCACAAUGGAAGCGGAAAUCUUCGAUGUGCUAUUAGCUCAUCCCAAAGUCAAAGUUGACGAUGCAAACGAAGACGGAGAAACGGCUCUCCAUUUCGCCGCUUCCCUAUCCAACGUCACCGCUGUUCAAAAAUUAUUAGACAAAGGAGCCAAUCCAUCCGUUGUCGACAAUGAAGGCAAGUCUCCUCUUAAUAGAGCAGCACAUGAAAGAGACGGUUGCCCUAUCAUCGAUCUACUCCUGAAAGCUAAAAAAGUCAAAGGCAUGGGCGAUGUCAACGAUCAGAAUAAAGAAGGAAGGACUGCACUUCAUUGCGCCGCCAUGGAAUCCAAUGAAAUCACUGCCGAGCAUUUGAUCGAAAAGGGCGCAGAUCUCCACUGUCGAGCCAAUGAUGGCCGUACGCCGCUUCACGUGGCUGCAAUGUUCGCAAGAGACAUGAAAAUCAUCGACGUAUUAUUAUCAAAAAUGAAAGAAGGAGAUAUUGAACAGUACAAAAACGAUAAAAGACUGUUCUUGUUCGCCAAGUAUAACGAGCACGGACUAGGCAAUACAAUUCUUGAUCGGUUGGUGGAAAAAAACAUAAUAAAACCUCGGAGUACCGAAACUUCAAUUGACUUGAGAUUUGAUGCUGGCCAAUUCUUUAAAGCAAAAGUCGAGAAGUUAAUCGAUGAAAUUCUGAAAGAUGAGAAUUUCGAUAUCAACAGCCGCAAUCAAAAUGGACACACUGUUCUAUUUUCCGCGAUAGUCGCCAACUCCGUGAAUGGGGUUAGACGUGUGUUGGAAAGAGGAGCCGAUCCCACCAUACAAGACGAGGAUGGCGACACUCCGAUUCAUCUGGCAGUGAUGUACGAUACAGAUCUGGAAAUUCUCAAUUUACUUCUGGAAAGUGGAAAAGUUGACAUCAAUGAAACAACCCCUGAACAUGGACACACCGCCCUGCACAUAGCAAUUAUGAAAUCCAAGGUUGUAUUGUCACACGUGGCUACUGCUCUCUUCCUGUUGUCAAAAGAAGCUAUUAACCCCAACGUCGCUGAUAUAGAUGGAGUAACUCCACUUCAUAUGGCGGCCAAAUAUGUCAAAGACAUGAAUCUCAUUGACAUACUCCUGAAUCAUCCAGACGUCGAUGUCAACUUGAUGGACAAUGAGGGGAAAAAUGCGCUAGAUUACGCAAGGGAAAACAAGGAGGGGAACGGCGAAAGAAUUGUCAACCGUUUGAAAGAGAAAGGCGCCGUGGAAACAGAAGAAAAACUACCCAAAGGAAACAAGGAAUUCUUAAAAAAACAUGCGCGCGUUUACAGCAAUCGAAAGCCCUACGAAGACGAAAACUUUUUAAACUUUUUAAGCGACGAUACAAUAUCAAAUGCAGAAAAAUUCUAUAGAAUUAAGGAGGAAUUGUUGGCUAAAGCAAUGCGAGAUGGAAAAGUAGAAACGGUUCGUCUCCUAUUAGAAAAAGGAGAAAAUAUCAGCGAACGGGGAGAAAACGGAGAGAGUGCGCUUCAUAAGGUAUCAUUUUCUGUAAAUACGACGGAUGCCAUCGACUUCAUGCUUGACACUGGAGAAUUGGACAUCAACGGAGUUGACAACAAUGGAUGGACACCGCUCCAUUACGCAAUCAGGGGUACCAACUGUGACAUAAAUGCUCGUCACCUGAUUCGAAAAGGAGCUGAUCCCACUAUUGCCAACAAGGAAGGCGACACCCCACUUCACUAUGCGGCCUCUCAUGCGAAAGAAAUUGAAACAAUCAAUCUAAUCCUGGAAAAUGAAAAAGUUAAUAUCAAUCACCGCGACAAAGUUGGGAUGACUGCUCUUCAUCAUGCAAUAAUGACAGAAAACGUGGAGAUGGUUCGCUACUUGCUGAAAAGAAAGGCCGAUCACACCAUACGUGGCAGCAAUGGAAUCACACCAUUUCAUUUGGCAUCAGCAGUUCUGACAGACACCGAUGUUCUCGGUCUCAUGCUGGAAAACAAAAAUGUUGACAUUAAUGGAGCUCCACACGCCCUCCACCUGGCAAUUAUGCAAUCCAACGUGACUACUACUCGCUUCCUGUUGUCAAAUGGAGCUGACCCCAAUGUCGCUGAUGAAGAUGGAGUAACUCCACUUCACGUAGCGGCCAAAUAUGCAAAAGACAUGGACAUUGUCAGGUUACUACUCGAUCACCCAGACGUGGAUGUCAACUACUUGGACAACAUGGGAAAAAAUGCGCUGCAUUACAGGAUGCACUGCUCAAUGGACAACAAGCAGGGAGUCGGCAAAGCAAUUUUCAAUCUGCUGAAGGAAACAACUGUGUUGAGGAAGGCAGAAGGAAGCAAUCACGAACCGGAGAACAUUGCGGCAUUGGUUAAUUCGCACAUGAAAACGAUUCGUUUGCUAAUAGAAGAUGGACAAGAUAUUAGCGAGAUGACAUGGGGAGAAAACGGAGCAAACGCACUUCACCUGGCGGCAGCUGGCGAAGAGACGACCGAUCUCAUCGACGUCAUUCUGGAAACUGGGAAAUUCGACAUCGACGUAGUUGACAACGAUGGAGACACACCGCUCCAUUACGCAAUCAUGGGAUCUAAUUCUGCAAAAAAUGUCCCUCACCUGAUUCGAUUGCGAGCCAAUCCCAACAUUGCCAAUAAAACCAAAGUCACUCCACUGCAUUUGGCGGCCAAAAAUGAAGAGACGGCGGAACUCAUCGACACCAUACUGAAAACCGAGCAAUGCGACAUCAACGGAGUUGACAACGACGGAAGGACGUUUCUUUAUUACGUAAUCAAGAGACCCAAGCCAAUUACAACCAAUGUUCGUCAUCUGAUUGAAAUGGGAGCCGACCCAGGCAUCGCCGACAGGAAUAGAGUCACCCUUCUUCACAUGGCGGCGAUAUAUGCAGAUUCGAUGGAUCUCAUCGAGCUACUCCUCAAUACUGAAAAACUGGACGUCACUGACUGCGACGACAACGGACUUACUGCUUGCGAUUACGCUCGAUACAACAAACACGGACUAGGCGACACGAUUAUCGCUCGUCUGACGAAACAUUUAUUAGCUUCCCGUAUAAAAGUUCUAGUAUGUAUUUGCUUUUUUUUCUAUUGCGUUUUUCAAUUAGCUUUCUACAUAGUAGAAGCCUGACAAAACAACCCCUCUAGGCCUCUACUCUUGCUGCAAUAACCCCAAUAAUUUCUUUUUAAAAUAAUUCAACUUGUUUCAGUUAUUACUCCUCCCGCUUACGCUUAUUCAUAUUGCCAUGCCUUACGCUUGUCGCUUACGGUUUGAGAAUCUAGACACUGAUGUGGUCUUUAUCUGUGAUUGUCUGUGAUCUAGAGAAGGAAGUUAAUUGGGGCGACUGCGCUAAAAGUUACAAGCACUGCAUCGUUGGCUGUUCUGUAUUAACAAUGUUAUUCUUUCAUUCAAGUGCUGUCCUUUCAUUCAAUGGUCAAUUGUCAAUAAACUUGUGACGCACCAGUGGCGUUAUCCAAUA